AUGGAUGCAAGCAUCCCAAACUGGAUCCAGGUCGGAUCCAAGUGCCGUUGGUGGUCCGAGUCACAGCAGACGCAUCAUGAGGUCGUGAUCACAUCGGUUGAUGUGGUGAGAAGGCGAGUGGUUGCGCAUUUUGCCGCAGAUAGUUCCGUGUGGAAAAAUGUUCCUUUCUCGCUCAUUCACGCCAACGGCCCGCUUCUGCCGAACGAACCAGAUGCAUCUUUCGGAGAGCCGAAGCGCAAGAGUCAGUCAGCUCAAAUGAGCCAGGAGAGAGCAGAAGGCACGGCUACGCCUCCGUGGUACGAAAAGCUGAAUGAUGCCGAAAACCGUCAGGAGGUCAAGCAAGAAAUCCGGCGCAAAGAAGAAAACCAUGGCGCCGUUCAGGAGAGACGAAGGUAUCUCUGGCAGCAGGAGAAGCAACGAAAAGUCGAAGAGGAAAGGAGGCAACGAGAGGAGGAACGCCAGGCUCGUGAAGCCGAGGCGGAGCGUGCCAGGCUUCGCAUUGUGCAGAAGCUUCAGAGGGAAAGAGAGGAAGAGAACCUGCGAAAGUUUGAAGUGCUCCUUAUGGGAAAGGAAGACGAGGUCUCGAAAAGAGCGAAUUCCAUGUGGAGGCAGCGCGAAGAAGUUGCCAGGAGGCAGCAGGAAGAGGAAGAGCGGGAGCGUUUCGAGGAGGAGCAAAGGCGGGCGGAUCAGAAGUUGCAGGAGGAGCGUGCGGCUAGGCCUCGCAUCGCUUUCGGGGUUGCCAGACACGAGCCCAAGGCUUGGACAUCCCCACCACCAUCCAAGGCAAGCGCUGCCCCUCCAAUCGUCAGGCUUGAGAGGAAAAGGCAUUCCUGGGACUCCCGGGAAGCUUCAAGCCUUCCCGCUCAACCGGCUGACCACGUCGCACCAGAGACUGCCAUUGCGCCAUCCUCCCACCUGGCACAGCGCGUGCCGGGCCCUCGGGAACCUGCGCCUGCGAAGUCGCACUUGGCUUCCACUCUCGCUAACUUGCGCCCCAACUUAUCUGCAGAACAGUGGUACGGGCUACAGAUUCGAGCAGUAUACCAGCAGCACAACCCUGAAAAACUGGCAGAUGUCCCACACCUGAUGGAGAAGUACUCUGGCAGUGAAGAGGAGAUGUACGACAGGAUCUGCGAGAAGCUGCGGCCUCGGCUCGAGUGUGCCCGGAUUGGCAGAGCAGGCAAUCUCUGGCUUAGGUGCUUGGCUAUGCAAAAAAAGCAAGACUCUCACAGCAUGCCGGACAACGCCCCUUCGGCCUCCUCGCUGUUGGCCAGGUUUCAGAGUCUGGUGGGUGAUGCGAUGGACCCGGUUGACGAGGAGGCGACAGACAAAGAGCUGUUCCCUCGAGGACAGCAGCAUUUUGGCCGCACUUGGCGUGAAGGCGUCACGGAAAAGAUUUGUCCCAACUCCCAUUGGAGCACGGAUGCGAUCGAUCGAUUUCCCGUCCAUGGGGCAAGGGCCGGAAGCUCAGUUGGAGACGGAGUCGUUUGCCCACCGUCUUCCAUAGAGCGCAACCGCAAAGGCGUUCCGAUCGGGGCGCGCCUUCGUGGCACCUCCCAGGACCCUUCUGGAACCGAGCCGGUCUUCAGAGAGCGGUGUGUCCGCAGCAGGAGCUCACCAACUGCAAAGAUCCAGCUGUUUCGUGUUGCAGUCAACUCGUUUGAGUGUGCUUCAGCUGAUCGGGAGCCAGUGUCUAUGACUUUGAAGGAGCCGAAGUUUCAGCCGGCGUAG